GUUCGCCUUGCGUCUUGCGCGCUCUACACGAGGAACGCCCAGUUUGAAUAGCUGGAGCUCUGGGGGAUCGCUUAUAGGUCCCUGAAGAGCUGACAGCACUCAGAGCGAGCUCGCGGCGCCUAAGCGAAGCGCGCGGGCAAAGUACCCCUACCUCGGUCAAAGGCAGCUAAAUGCCCCCGCGAGCCGCCCGGAGCGCGCAGAACGGCCACGCGCAGCAGCAGAACGGCCACGCGAACGCCGACGGCGGCCCAAGGAUGCCGCCGCUGCGCCGCUCGGAAAGCUCGGCGAGCGACUCGAGCCUGCCCGACCUCGCCUCGGCGUCGUCGAGCGAAAGCGAGUCCGACCAUGAAGGCGCGGACCCGCGGCCGCCGCGCCGCGAGCCGCCGUCCGCGCCCGCGGUGGCCGUCGCGCCGGAGCCCGAGCCCGAGCCCGAGCCCGAGCCCGUCAUACAACCGGAGACGAAGCCCGGCUGCCGCCACGGCUUUAUGCGAUUGGAGGACUGCGAGACCUGCCAGGCCAUCCAGCAGUCCGAGGCGUGUCCCCCAGAAUUGAGAGAAAAAAAACGCAAGGACCAGGAGUACAGGGACCAGUGGCGCCGGGCGCGAGUCGUCGUCGCCGAAAGAGCACUGGCUGAGCGAGACCAGACGCUCGGCAAGUCAUCCAAUAGUUUAGCGGCCGCCGCCAGAGUAGCGAGAAGAGCGUUAGAUGAGCUCCACUUCCGGUCCACCGCGAACGCGUCAGAACGAAUCGGCAUGGACGGGGAUACCGAGGUGACGGAGAUCUUGCAGCGAGCGCGGGACGGUACUAGUAAAGAUAAGGACGGCGGCGUCGUGAACUGCGCGUUGGUCUUCGCGGCCCAUUACGGUUUGUUAGAUCACGUCAUCGACAUCCUGAAAAAGUGCCCGCCCCACGUCAUCCCCGCUCUGUUGAAUUGCACGGCGUCGUUCUACGAACCGUUGGCGCCACUCGCACCAAUCUCGUUGGUCAAGGGCGUCGUCGUCUCGAAGGACUUCCACGGCGAGCACGCGAACAAAGUGUUCUGGCCCAUGACGUCCGACAAAUUUGUGGAAGACACACCAUUAGUUGCGGCAGCUAGACGAGACAACACGGAGGUGUUGUUAGCUUUGUUGCAUUGCGGCGCGGAUCCCGACGCGGCGGCCGCUUGCGGCGCGACCGCUCUUGGUGUUGCGUGUGUUUCUGGUUUUGCUGAUGUAGCUGAGGUCCUAUUAGGACACAACCUACGAUAUGCAAAUGCCCAGGGCGACCCUGUGGGCGGGAUCAGACCUUAUUUCAGAACCGAGGAGCCGUACGAGAAGGCCGCGGACGUGACAGGAGAUGUGUACAGAUGUGUCCGCUCGCUACGACUCUGGGACGAGGCCCACGGCUACGCCGAGUCCCUGGGACCCUUCGAGAAGACCAUGUCGGACAACAAGCAGUACUUAGUAUCAAGACGUGUCCCUACCAAAGAAACGGCCCUGAAACUGCUGAUUGCGCACCAGGACCCGGGCCAGUGCCCCGCCGUCUAUAGUGGGAGGUGGCGCGCGGAUCCGGACUUGCCCUGUACUAUAGAAAUGAAGCACGUUGGGUUAGCCUUGGCGCGGACGUCGGACCAGACGCAAGCUACUGCCGGGCAGCGAGUCUCCGGUGCGCCUCUCGAGUUAGCUGUCCGCAGUCACAGUUUGAAUGUGAUCGAAGUCCUACUGAGAGCGGGCGCGGUGGUCGAGGGCAAGGUCAUGGACGGCACGCCGCUGUUCAAGCGCGUCGACAAGACCUGCUUCUCGCGGGCGCGCGACGACGAGAUCGACACGGAGUUUAAGGCCGACGAGCCCUGCCACAAAUUUAUAAGCGAGGUGCUCGGGGCUAUCUUAUCUCCCGAGAUCUGUCGGAUCUUGCGGACGCUCGCGGGCCAAGGCCCGAACCGCCUCAACUUCGAGAAGCAGCGGCGCGAGGAGCUCAUGUACCGCCUGGGCUGCCUGAUGGAGCUCGGCUUCUGCAUGGGCCCCGACUUCCGGGGCAACAAGAGGGAAGAAAAGGCCGAAAGGUACGGCCCCGAGGACGGCCCCAAGACGAGCAAGAAAUUUAGUGAGUUAACAGAUGCGGACAUUACCCGGCAGCGCGAAGCGCUGGAAAAAGCUAUUAGGGCCUGCCAUUUGUACGCUUAUGAACUGCGAGGUGAUAGUGUUAAUUUACCGUCUUCCAAGGAUGAAUGUGGGAAAGCCAGAGAGAUGAACAAGGCCUUCUCGAAGAACAAGGAGCUGACUGGUUCGGAUAUGGCGAAGACCUGUCUAUUUUUGGCGCUGGCUCGGUUGGCUCGAUUGGCCGCGAAGCAGUUGUCAACGAUGCAGACGUCGGAAGGUCUGCGGCAAGGUGCCGACUACGUCCAGGAUUUGGUCGAGGCCGCGCAGAAGGCGAAGGUCUCACACGGUUUCCCGGAGAAGCAGCUGCCGCAGUUCGACGCGGAAGUCGUGAUUUGGGCCAAAGCGCUCUUAGCGAAGUGUGAUGAAGCGAGGGCGCGGGCGGACACGUUACCGGCCGGUGACGAUGCCGUAGCCAUCGCCGAGGUCGCUAGAUUCUACACAGCCGAAGCGGGUUUUGACAAGAUCAUGACGUCGUCCGAAUUGUUCAGGCUGGGGCUGUGCGAGGGGCGGGCCGCGGGCUUUAUUAAUGCGGACGACGCUCGUAAACAGGCUAGGGAAAAGGAGGCCUGCGCGCGCGACCCGGACCCGAAAUUGUAUCUGUCCUACUACGAGAAGCCGUGUUAUGGUCCUGAUGCCGAGCGGCCGGCGAAGGGCUUUGAUAAUGUGUCGGCGCCGUCUUCACCUGUUAUUCAGCCGACGCCCGCGCCGGCGCCGCCGCGGGACGAAUCGUUGACGGCCGAGCAGCAGCGCUUGAACGACGCGUUGCACGCCGAAGAUCCGGAGGCGAAAGCAGCUCGAGAAGCGAGAGAGGCCCAGGAGGCCGCGGAAAGGCAAAGGGUCGCCGCGCGCGCCGAGGACGAGCGCCGCCGUCCGUGUACAGCGCAGAAAAUGACCUUGAACGUGGCUUCGACGCGAUGCGACGUCGCCGCGACGCCGUCGUCAUGAUCACGUGAGAGUCUACGCGUUGCGCGAGAGAGCCGUCGUUCCCGCGCAGGCAAAAAAGAAGCGAAGGACAAGGCGAAGCGCGAGCAGCAGGAGCGCCAGCGCGCCGAGGAUCUGAAGCGGAAAGCCAAGCGCGAGCGCGAGGCGGCGCGGAAUCGGGAAAGGGACCGGCGCCUCGCGUUGUGGGAUCCCGCGCGCAAGGCCUGCGCCAAGGCCCUGCAGAAGGACGCCGAGACCCUUACGAGAGCACUACCGUGGGCGGACUUGGCGGCGCAUUAUGGCGUCCAGGAGGCGGCGGACGCGCAACUGCUGCGCGACGAGACGCCUUCAUUGGGUGCGCCCAAUGCACUCAAUCCUAAGGGACAACACGCCGGCACGGUCUAUCCCGUGGUCGAGGAUGAGGGCCUGUACGCCUCUUCACAACCUUUGCUCGUCGCCGAUCGCGUGCGGGACUGGUACGCGUCCCGAGCCAACGCCAAUUGGCGCAAGCGACUACUGGAGGUGCUCGCAAGCUUAGCCAAAGGGAGCGACGGGUCCUGGUGCCGUGCGGCCCAUCCUCAGUACAAAGAAUUUGGUGUUCGAAUUGCACUGUUAGAUGACACGAUGCGCCUCGUCUGGAGCGCGACCAAAGCGUCUGAUGGUGGAUUACGGUGUCUCGCCUGGUGCUGCGUGCGCACUGGGAGUGUCGAUUCGACGUGCGAGGGCAUCAAGCAGGCGCUCGACCGACGCGCUUCAGAUAAAGGUAAAUUAGUAGAGUCGUCGGAACCGUAUCUCACGCUCGACGAUGAUGAUGUGUUGAUCCACCCCGGCAAAAACAGACCCAUGAAGCUCUGGAGCUGUCGGGUUGAUGUGCUCGAGAAGAUGGCCCAAGGGUCACCGCCCGAGAAGUGGUCUCCCUCGCUACGACUGACGACGAAAGAGCAAGCCGCGGUCCAGGAGGCGAACGCGCCGGCCAUGGUCCUCGGGCGGAGCGGCACGGGCAAGACCCACUGCAUCGUGGCGCGCAUCGCGCGGGACUCCCGGCAGAACCCGUCUGAAAAGUUACUAUUCGCGACGCGGAGUAGGAAACUGAGGAAACAUGUCGAGGAGGCCGUCCGAGCGGCGUUGCUCGACGACGAGGGGAAGGCGCCGUCACCGCAAUCCGUAGCGAAGCCGACGUACCUGGAUGCUACGGCCAAAUCUACUGCCGACGAUUCGUUACUCCCGUUCCUCGAGGCGCAAUUGAAGCCGUUACCUGCCUCAAAGCCGUGGCACGACCGCACGCCGGUCCGACGUAGAAGGUUCUACCGGAAGGACGACGUCGAUGACAACGAGAGGAGGACUGGAGUAUUGUAUAGAGCCAAGCGCGACGCGGGCGAAAUUACGGUAGAGGAUUCCUCCGAUGAUGAUGAUUCCGACACCGAUAGUGAUGAAGAUAUUCGACGGCCGCAGAAGGCCACGUGGGACGCCUCCAAGUACGUCGACUUUGCGACCUUCGAGCGCUGGCACCGCGAAGUGUGUACUGUUACUAAUAAACCGGAACCAGAUACGUGCUGGACCCAAAUUAAAUCUUUCUUGAAGGGUUCUAUCGGUGCUCUGUUCUCGGGAGAACCGUUGACGGAACAGCAGUAUUUAUCUGAAGCUUGGGGCGGCCGCCGAACGCUGGGCAUGGACGUGGGUCUGAGGAAGCGGGCCUACCAAGUGUUCAAAUCUUAUGAAAACUAUCUGAGUGACCAGGAGAGGUGGGACGCCUGCGAUCGCGAAGUGGCGUUGGUGCAGCGAGCUUUACGAGACGGCUUCGUCGCCAGGAGCAAUGCACGCCCAGCACCAUUUGAUCGCGCGUAUGUGGACGAGGUCCAGGACAUGACGCAAGCUUCAUUAGCUGUGUUACUCUUAGCUGUGGGCGGCGAUCCUGAGAGGUUAUAUUGCUGUGGAGAUACGGCACAAGCCAUACAAGAUGGAGUAGCAUUUAGAUUUCAAGACCUGCGGCAGGCCAUCUUCGAGCUGCGGGAGAAGGUCGCUACUAUGUCUAAACAGAACGGCUUCAAAGGUGCUAGAGCGCUCAAGCUCGAGAACAAGACUACUACUGUUAACGCGGGUAGUGCCUCGAAGCUGCGGAAGCUCACGAAGAACUACCGAGCGCACGCUGGUGUUUUAGGUGCGGCCAACGCUGUGUUGGACUUGGUGUAUCACGCCUUUCCUACAGCGGUAGACAAGACCGAUUCGGAUACGGGAGUAGCCUUGGGCCCUAGACCCAUUUUCGCGACGUACAAGGAGUAUCUCAGAGAUGUGGAUAGUCGAGCGGUGUUGUUAUUCAGGGCGGACGCGUUGGAAGCGGCCCAGCGGCUGCUGAGCGAGGAGUCGGAGGAGGUCGCCCGGCGCCGCGCGGAGGUGCUGCGCAUCGCGGACGAGGAGUCCGCCGCGGCCGGCGGCGUCGCCGACGCGGCCCAGCGCUACGACCAGCGAAGGCGAGACUUGUCAGAGGCGGCCGAACAGCACGCCGACGAGGAGAUGCGGAGCCGCAAGGCCCAGAAGAAGGAGUAUGACGACGCGCGAAGGGAAAAGGACAAGCGGACGAAGGCCCUCGCUAAAAGACGCAAGGAGUGGAAGGACGACGAGAGGAAGUUACGUACUGAGGCUCGAGAAGCGCUGCAGCGGCGGGCGACGCGCGACUCUCGUUUAGUGCAGAGGGCGACGAGUCGGCGCCAGCAGGACGAAGAUUCUGGAAGAAACCGCGCCCAACAGGAGCACCAAGCCGCGCAGAAGGCCGCCGGUGCUGCUGCGCAGAGAGAAUAUAUGCAGCGCGCCGACGAAGCUUAUAACCGGGCGGUCGAGGAGCACAGGCAGCUCGUCGCGAGUGCCGACCAGGAUUAUGAAAGAGCUAGAGCGGAGCACGCCCGACGACCGCCGCAAGUAGCGGGCCCGCCGUCGGUCCAGGAAUUAGUUAGACAAUUUGUUGGGGAUCGGGGCUCUGCCGACGCGCUCUGCGCGACGAUGGAGGCUGAAGGUGUUGAUAGUGAAGUGUUGACGAUCAUGCAGCCCGACGACUUCGGCGAGCUUGGUAUUAAUGCGAGUUUAGCGAGGCAGCUCCAGGACGCGGCGCAGCGACCGGCUGCUGUUCGGCCGCCGCCGCCGCCGCCCCAGCGCCGGACGGUGCCCCCGGCUCCUAGAAAAGAGGACUACGCUAGUAAAGAUGACAUGAAGGCGGCGGUCAGGCGCGCCAAGAACAACGUCGAGAGACUCGCGGCCUUCGAGGCGAGACACGCGCCAAAACCUCUCCAAGCUUACAUCGAGGACGAGCGCGCGAGACCGACGACGGAGGUCGAGGUCGACGAGGCGCGAGCCGCGCUGCCGCCCACACCUACCGAGGACGAAGCGAUUCAGAACGUCCCUGACGAGGGUCCCGCUGUUGUUCUACCCCCACCACCGCUGCCGCACUCGAAGCAGGAGCGCCAGUUGGUUAUUGAUGCGUACUUAGAUGACCAGUGCAAGUCGAUCACCGACGAGGUAAGCCUCGCGGACAUCAAGAAACAUAAGAAGAUGGUCAGAGAUCGUAGGAAGAAGGCCAAGAAGGGCCAGUCUACGGAAGACGACGUCGACGAGGCCCAGAAGGCUAUUCGUCAGACUGCUCUCAAGAAGCUGCGGGACGAGAUCAAGAAGGACCGGAGAGACAAGCUCAAAGACGUGUCCGGAGCGUUCGAGUGCGCUUCACUGAUCGAGAACGAAGAGUACGGUAGUAGGGCCUUCUCCGUCCAGGAGUUCAAGGGUCUCGAGCGAGAUGCGGUCGUGCUGGUGGACUUCUUCGGCAGCGCGCGCGACGAGAAGAUGAAGGGGUGGAGGGAGCUAUUGCGAGCGGCGCGCGGCGAUGGCCUGCAGGGCAUCAACCACAAGGUCGGGGAGAACCGAGCUCUUGAGAGAGAUCUGAAGGUGUUGUACACGGCUCUGACGCGCUGCCGGUCGAAGUUAGUUGUCUUAGAAACGGACACCGUCGGCGCGGCCAAGGAUGCGAGCAAGUUCUUCCUCCAGGCCGCGGAGCAGGGUCGCAGUGCCUUAGCGGAGAAGGCGGCCCCUCGCGUUGGUGGCGAGGACUCGGACGAGGAUGGCGAGACGGUGCGUCCUGUUUCCGGCGACGAGUGGCGCAGUCGCGGAGCAUUGAACGCUCGCGUCGCCGCGGAGGCCGCCGACGACCCCAUGGCGCCGCCGACCCAAGCCAAGGCUAGGUUAGCCCAAGCGAAGACGUGUUUCGCGAACGCGCAAGAUGCGGACCUCAAAGCUCGGUGCGACGUUAGUACGGAGUGUUUGGUGGAGUUGCGGUCCAUCCGAGCUUUAUUAGAGUUAGCCUCGGACAAGUCCGGCGACGAGAGGUUGAGGUACACGAAGGACGCCGAAUCCAAAGCUUCGGCCAUGGUUAAAAGAGCUGUGGAAGCUUUGGCGAUUGAUGAUGCUUUAAGGGUGCUCAAGCUGUUCCCCGAGGACGAGGUCAUCAAGGGCGCCGUGGAGAAGGUCGAGGCCGUGCGCGACAAGGCGCUCAAGGAGGCGUCGGAGGUCUAGUGCCCGAUUAAGUUGAUGUAAGCAUACAAUAAGGUUAGGAUAAGGAUAAGGGUGUCGUGACUUGUUGUCCUCGACUUGGGGGCGCGCCAGAAGGGAGUCGUCGCGAC